AGUCCGGACCAAGUUUCUCGAAGUUUGAAAACCCGAUUGGGGCAAUACCCUUUCUGCUAUUUUCUCUUAAUUUUCAUGCCUUUGUUAAAUCCCUUGGGAUUUUCUUGAUUUUUGACAGUAGAAAGUCUAAUGGCCUCUCUGUUUAAGGAUCCAAGUAAGAUUUCGGUAUACAGGGAUAGAAGGUUUUCUGGGACACAAGAAGAGUUUGAUGAUGCACUGCAAGCGUCUACAACAGUUUAUGUGGGGAACAUGUCGUUUUACACGACAGAGGAACAAGUUUAUGAGCUAUUCUCUCGAGCAGGAGAGAUUAAAAAGAUAAUAAUGGGUCUGGAUAAGAAUACGAAAACCCCUUGUGGCUUCUGCUUCAUAUUGUACUACUCAAGAGAAGAUACUGAAGAUUCUGUCAAGUACAUCAGUGGGACAAUUCUUGAUGAUCGCCCUAUUCGUGUUGAUUUUGAUUGGGGGUUUCAAGAAGGCAGGCAAUGGGGCCGUGGUAAAAGUGGUGGGCAGGUUCGGGAUGAGUAUCGUACUGAUUAUGAUCCAGGUAGAGGUGGUUACGGUAAAUUAGUUCAGAAAGAGUUGGAAGCACAGAGGCAGCUAGUGGAUUAUGGUGCUGGAUCAUUAGGCUCAUUCCCACCUGUUAUGGUUCCUCAGUAUGGUAGACACGGUGGUAAUCAAGAUUAUGGGGGCUCUCGUCGACAUGGCAGAGAUUACCAUCGUAAGCGAUACAGAGAUGAUGACCAUCGUGGAUCAGACUUCUCAAAGAGGAAUUCAGACUAUGAAUCACGAAGAACCUCAGAUCAUGAUUCCAGACCGGAGAAAAAUCCACGAUUUCGCGAGCGUGGUGAUUCUGACGACGAGGAAGAUGAUGAUCGUAAGCGGCGCCCUUAGCAGUUUUUGACUGCUAGAAUGUGUUUAAAACUAUUAACGACUCUAAACUUCAAUUUAAGGUGAUGUCAAGAUCCAAUAGAAUAUUAAGUGUUUUCAAUUGGAAGAAACAAUAUUUCCACCCAUCCUGGUUGAAGCUGGCUCGUUCAGUUUGAAUUUCGCCCUGAGAUUAUUAGUUCUUCUGAAUUUGUUUUCGUUGGUGUCCUAAAUGAUGAUAAUAUGGAGAAUGAACAAAAACUCAAUUAAGCCUCAAUUUUAGAAACUUUGUUGGUUUGUUGUGUAGGACUAGGAUAUUAUGUUUGUAGCAGAUAUUAACAUAAGAUUUGUGGUUUAUCUGUUUCGUGUUACCUUCGUCAAUGCCUUGAAACCAUGUUUUUUUUGGAACUUUA